CCCUUCAGCCCUGGCACCAUGGCCUGGCUCCUGCCCGUCACCCUCGGUUGCAUCAGCCUCCUCUACCUGCAGCUCCCGGGCACGCUGACCCACUGCCAGGGCGGGAGCCGGCAGCCCACCCGGCCCAGGGAGCCUCCAGCUGGGACCCUUUCCAAUGGCCUGCAGCCCAGGUACCCUGCACCGGGACCUGUGAUCUGCAAGCAACCCCAGGCCCUGCAGCCACAGAGGAGCGCCAGCCUGCCCCCUGCUAUGGGUCAGCCUCUCCGGAAUGGUCCUCGUCGACGCUUGCGCCCCCCAAGGCCUAGAGCCCAGCUCCUGCGGGUGGGCUGUGUGCUGGGAACCUGCCAGAUGCAGAACCUCAGCCACCGCCUAUGGCAGCUCGUGGCAUCGGCCGGCCCACGGGACUCAGUUCCCAUUGACCCCAGCAGCCCCCACAGCUAUGGCUGA